AUGGCGCCCACCACUAACACCAACGAGACGAGUAAGACGGCCGAGUUGUUGCUCUUUGGAGACCUCACAGCCAGCUUCGAGGCCGACCUCAACCGGCUGCUCCACGUCAGUCAAGAUGAGGCCUUGACAUCCUUUUUCGAGAGGGUGGCUUUUAGCCUGCGAGAGGAACUGGGACGGCACUCGUCGGCCGUCCAAGAUAUGUUCCCCCGCUUCACCACUCUCAUCGACCUAGUGGCCCGGCUCGGCGAAACCGAGGGGGCACCGGUCCUCCAGUUUUGUCUCAUGACUGUCUGUCAAUUGGCGAAAUUUAUCCACUUCGCAAAGGACAGGCCGUUUCCUCGGUCUGAAAACACAUUGCUACUGGGCAGCUGCACCGGAGUCGAGGCCACUAGGGUCGCGUUUCGGACCGCGCUCCGCUCCUUGCUGCAACGGAGCAUCAUCACCACGACAGGUGACAAGUCUUGGUCCGCCGUCGUCUUGCGGAACAAGCCAGUGGAGCAGCUGGUCAACAGUGCCAAGGAGAAGAAGCUCUCCCGUGGCGGCCCGUCUAGGAUAUACAUCAGCGCCACCUCACCGACUAACACGACCAUCAGUGGCCCACCUGAUGUCCUGGACCAGUUCCUCGAGGAAAACAGCCUCCAGUCUCACCGGCUGUCCAUCGAGUCGCCGUUUCACGCCGCCCACCUCUUCAGCGACGGCGAUGUCGACUUUACGCUGGCUGGGUAUCCAGAGGCUGCGCUUCAGUGGACCAAACCACAGAUGCCCCUUCUGUCCGGCUCCAGCGGUGAAGCUGUCGAGGCGACCGACUUGCAAGGCUUGCUCCGGGUAGCCAGCAUGGGUGUGCUGCAACAGGUGGUCAAGUGGGAAGAGGUCCUCGCCGCAACCGCCGCAGCGCUGGGUGAGCUGCAGGUGGACCGAUGCGUCAUCUGCCCCUUCUACUGCAAUGCCACGACGCAGCUGUCUUCGUACCUGGCCCACGAGACGAGCUUCGAGGUGGCUGUGCAAAACAUGAUUUCGACGCCGAAGCAGCAGCCCCAGGGGCCCACGGGGCGGUUUGACCAGUCCAAAAUUGCCAUUGUCGGCUUCUCUGGUCGAUAUCCCGAGGCGCCGUCCAACGACGAGCUCUGGAACCUCCUCCGGGCUGGCCGAGACGUGCACCGCGAGAUUCCCAAGGAGCGCUUCAACUGGGAAACGUACCAUGAUCCCACGGGCAAGGGGCGGAACACCAACCGCGUCAAGCAUGGCUGCUUCAUCAACGAGCCGGGCCUGUUCGACACCCGCUUCUUCAACAUGUCGCCCCGCGAGGCAGACAGCACCGACCCGGCACACAGGCUGGCCAUUACCGCCACGUACGAGGCAAUGGAGAUGGCCGGCAUGGUGCCCAACCGGACGCCCUCGACGCAACAGGACCGCAUCGGCGUCUUCUUUGGCGUCACGAGCGACGACUGGCGAGAGGUGAAUAGCAGCCAGAAUGUCGACACCUAUUUCAUCCCGGGCGGAGUGCGGGCCUUUAUGCCGGGGCGCAUCAGCUACUUCUUCCGCUUCUCGGGCCCCAGUCUCUGCAUUGACACGGCGUGCUCGUCCAGCUUUGCCGCCAUACAGUCGGCGUGUGGCUAUCUCCUACGGGGCGAGUGCGACACGGCCGUCGCCGGCGGCACAAACGUCCUGACCAACCCCGACAUCUUCACCGGCCUCGACCGCGGCCACUUCCUGGCCAAGUCGGGCAACUGCAACACCUUUGACGACGAGGCUUCCGGGUACUGCCGGGCCGAAGCCGUCGGCGCCGUCAUCCUCAAGCGUCUCGAAGACGCCCUCGAGGACGGAGACCCCGUCUACGGUGUCAUUGCGGGAGCCAACACCAACCACUGCGGCCAGUCGGAGUCGAUUACGCGCCCGCACGAGGGCGACCAGGUGUCCGUCUUCAAACGCGUCAUGCGCUAUCAGGGCGUCGACCCCAACCACAUCAGCUACGUUGAGAUGCACGGCACCGGCACCCAGGCCGGCGAUGCCACCGAGAUGCGCUCCGUGCUGUCCGUCUUUCUGCCGGACAAGAAGCGCCCUACCACGCAGCCUCUCUAUCUCGGCUCGGCCAAGGCAAACAUUGGACACAGCGAGUCGGCGUCUGGCGUCGUGUCCAUGAUCAAGGUGCUGCUCAUGAUGAAGAACAACGAGAUUCCGCCGCAUUGUGGCAUCAAGACGCGCAUCAACAGAAACUAUCCCAGCGACCUUGCCGACCGCAACGUCCGCAUUGCCCUUGAGCCUACCCCAUGGCGUCGAGAGGACUCUGUUGGCGCGACGAGACGGGUGUUUCUGAACAACUUCAGUGCAGCUGGUGGCAACACCGCCAUCCUCCUCGAAGACGCUCCGCUGCUUGACCAGGCCACGGGGCUUGAUCCGCGCGGCACGCACCUGGUGACCGUCACGGCCAAGUCGGCCACGGCGCUGGCCGCCAACAUACGCAGUAUGCUGUCGUAUCUCGAGGCGAACCCGUCCGUCUCCCUGCCGUCGCUCGCCUACACGACCACGGCCCGGCGGCUGCAUCACGGCUAUAGGGUGGCCUGCUCCGGUGCCUCGGUCGACGCCAUUGUGCGCGAGCUCGCCCAGCGGGCCCAGUCCGAGGCACCCAAGCCCGUCCCUGGCCCGGUGGAUGUGCCAGGCGUUGCCUUUGUCUUUACCGGACAGGGAGGCUUGUACGCAGGGGUAGGCCAGGAGCUCUUCCAGUCGGUGCCGGGGUUCCGCGAUGAUGUGGUGCGCUUCGAUGCCAUAGCGCAGCAGCUUGGCUUCCCGUCGUUUUUGUCCCUCGUCGACGGAUCCGCCUCGAGCCUCGACGGCGUGGAUACGUGUGCGAGCCACCUGGCGCUGACUUCUGUGCAAAUGGCCCUCUGUCGCCUCUGGAGCUCGUGGAAUAUUCGCCCGAGCAUGGUCACGGGCCACAGCCUGGGUGAAUACGCGGCGCUCUACUGUGCCAAGGUCAUCAGUGCCAGUGAUGCCAUCUUCCUCGUGGGCACACGGGCAACGCUCCUAGCAAAGUCGUGCACCCCCGGCACCCACGCCAUGCUGGCCAUCAAGGAGGCCGUCGACGUUGUCCGGCCGUUCCUCGCCGAGUCGGGCUGCGAGGUGACAUGCGUCAACCAACCCCUGGGCACCGUUGUCGGCGGACCAAAGGAGAACAUCGACAAGCUCGCUGCAAAGGUCAAGUCUCUGGGCAGCGAGUCCGUCUUGCUCGCCAUUCCCUUUUCCUUCCACACGGCCCAGGUCGAUCCCAUCCUUGGCGACUUUGAGAAGGCGGCGCAGGGUGUCCAGUACCACACACCCGAGGUGCCGGUCCUGUCUCCACUGCUCGAGCGUGUCGUGCGAGACGAGCCGGUCUUUAACGCCCAGUAUCUGGCCAGGGCGUGCCGUGGCGUGGUUAACUUCCAGGGGGCACUGGAGGCGGCUUCGGCCGCUUCGCUGGUUGGUCCUCGCACCAUCUGGCUCGAGCUGGGCCCUCACCCGGCCUGCUCUGCCAUGAUCAAGGGCACAUUGGGCUCCGAGCCGACCACUCUGACCUCUCUCCGCAAAUCGACGCCGCCGUGGAAGUGCAUAGUUUCUGCCCUCGAGUCCAUGUACGUCCGCGGCCUGCCCAUCGACUGGAACAACUACCACCGGGACUUUGCCGCGUCUCACCACGUCGUCGAUCUCCCUCGCUAUAGCUGGGACCUCAAGAACCACUGGAUCGAGUAUAAGAACGACUGGCUGCUGACCAAGGGAGUGGGAACCGCGGCGCCCCAGAGCCUGCCGGCCAUCGAGGCUCCCGUGUUUCGAUACAUUUCACCCUCUGUCCAGCGCGUACUGGAAGAAACGCAGAGCGCCACACGGUCCACGCUGCUUGCCGAGUCAGACCUCUUCGACGGUAGGCUGGCGCACAUCCUCCGCGGCCACAUGGUCAACGGCGCCUCCCUGUGCCCUUCGAGCUUGUACGGUGACGUUGCCCUGACCGUAGCCAAAACCCUCGUCCAAGGCAACGCCGCAGCCAGCUUCACCGGCUUUGAUGUGUGCGACAUGAAGAUUGAUCGACCGCUCAUUGCCCUUCCGUCGGAAACGUCGCACCUGUUCCGUGUUUCCGCCACGGCCGACUGGACAUCGCAGAUCAUCUCGCUGUCCAUCUACAGCGUCGGCGCUUCCGGCACCAUGACGAUGAGCCACGCCUCGGUCAACGUCCGGCUGUCGACUGACAAGGCCGCGUGGCUCAACGAGUGGAAGCCCAUGGCGUACCUGAUUAAUGGCAGGAUUGCUUCCCUCGAGCGUGGAGUCAUCAGUGGUAACUGUCACCGCUUGAAGCGCGCCAUGGUCUACAAGCUCUUCGGCUCCCUCGUUGACUACAGCGAUGGAUACCAGGGCAUGCAGGAAGUCAUCCUCGACAGCGAGGAGCUCGAGGCGACGGCGAAGGUGUCGUUUCGUGUAGACGACCAAGGCUUCGUCGUGAACCCGCAGUGGAUCGACAGCCUGGGGCAUCUGGCUGGCUUCAUCAUGAAUGGCAACGAGCACGUGCAGUCGGACAAGCAAGUCUUCAUCAACCACGGUUGGAACCGGCUGCGAUUCGCCGAGACCCCCGAGAAGGGCAAAGUCUAUACAACCUACAACAGGAUGCAGCUUGUAGAGGGCAAGCUGUAUGCCGGCGACACGUACAUUCUGGAUGGGGACCGCAUCGUUGGCGUCUUUGACAAAGUCGCGUUCCAGGGCGUCCCUCGCAAGGUUCUGGACAACCUUUUGCCCGGAAAGGCGACGACAAAGGCGCCUGCCGGCGCCAAGGCCGCCCCUGUUGCUCCAACGCCGGCCCAGGCCCCGGUUCGCUCCGCCGCCCCGCCCCCACCGGCCGCCGUGCCAAAGGCUUCGGGCGACUUUGGCCACGUCUUGAGCAUCAUUGCCGAAGAGGUGGGCAUAGAGCUGGCAGAGCUGCAGCCCGAUAGCCUCUUUGCCGACUUUGGGCUCGACUCGCUGCUCGCCUUGACCGCCGCCGAGCGCAUCCACGACGAAACUGGCAUGGACCUGCCCUCUACGUUCUUUGCCGCAUACCCGACGGUCAAGGACCUGCAGUCUCUCCUCGAUCCCGAGUAUAAUGUGCCCAGGGACACUCCAUCGCUCACAUCCGCGUCCAACACCGACUAUGAGUCGUCGAGCAGCAGUCUGACGGCGGCCUCGAGCGUCCAUGCGGACGUGGACUUCAAGGUCGUCAUCCGCCAGACUAUUGCCGAUGAGACGGGAACACCAGCCGAGGAGCUCACGCCCACGACUUGCCUGGCUGACAUUGGGAUCGACUCGCUCCUCGGCCUGACAAUUGCCGACUGCCUCUCGGAAGCCCUGGGCGCCGAGGUAUCCAGCACCCUGCUGUUGGAGAACGGGACUUUGGAAGAAAUUGAGGCCUGUCUGAAAAAGGUCCUGGCCCCAAGCGUCACCACCAAACUCGCCGACCCGGCUCCCGUCGCCAUAUCCCUCCCUCAGCCAGAUGCCGUCAACAACGAUAUCGUAUCGAGCGCCCCGCACGCAACCUCCAUCGUGCUUCGGCGCGCCAAGACGACCCAGGGCCCUAGUCGUGCCGUGUUUCUGCUCCCCGACGGAUCUGGUUCGGCUGCUUCUUAUGGGUCGCUCGCUCGACUAGAUCCCCAUACCGCCGUCUACGGACUAAACUGCCCGUGGCGGACGAAUCCACACGAGAUGACGCAGCUGGGGGUGACGACGGAUCAGGUGGUUUCCAAGUUCACCGCCGAGAUCCAACGGAUCCAACCCCACGGUCCCUACCUCUUGGGAGGCUGGUCGGCCGGUGGCAUAUUUGCCUUUGAGGCGGCUCGCAAGCUCAUGGCAGCGGGCGAGGUGGUUGAGAGGCUGCUGCUCAUCGACGCACCAAACCCUAUUGGUCUCGAGAAUCCGCCGUCCCGAAUGUUCGACUUCUUUGAGAGCGCAGGAGUAUUCGGCAACAUGAGCGGUCACAAGGCGGUGCCCAGCUGGCUGCGCCACCACUUCGACUCGGUCGUCAACAUGCUCGACGGCUACGUCCCAAGACCUCUGGCCAACGCGCCGCCAACGACCGUCAUCUACGCACGGGACGGCAUCUGCAAGGACCCGAGUGUGCCGCAUAUCCAGACUGCCCCGGAUGAUCCGCGUGAGAUGCUCUGGCUCCUACGCGACAGGACCGACUUUUCCGCUGCGGGCUGGGCCUCGUUGAUUGGGGCUGGCAAGAUCAGUGUUCAAGUGCUGGACAAUGUCAACCACUUUACCAUGAUGAACGAGGGGUCGCACAUGGAGGAGAUGCGCGAAUUCGUUCGACGCGGCAUUCUAGGGCAGUGA